AUGCAAACGCUGCAGGAACAGCAACGUCGUGUGCGAGACUACCGAGUCGUACGUGGCGCCGUCUCGGCCCUCGGCUCGUUCGUGGUAUGCGAAUCUGACAUCUUCAACAGCGAUCGACUACGGUUUCCAUCGGGCAUAAUAUCAAAGAAAGUUAAGACCGAGCGAUCGUCCCACUCCCCGAAUCGCCCAGAGGCGGUGAGUAAUACCCCCGUCGCUCCUUUCGUCCAGGUUCCGAACGUCAAGAACCGAACGACCGCACAGGACGUCCAGGACCAAGAACAGUGGCAAUCGUCUUUGUGGCUCGACGCCGAAGACCAGAUCCAUCUGUCGGGCAGCUCGAGUGGCCUUCCUCUUAUCGAGAGGCUCAGCAACCUGCAUUUGGGCUGCGGGACGGGUACUCAUCCGACGGAGAGAAUUGGGCGUGCGUUGUCAACCGAAACCGACGCCCUCCGCCGCUCCUCCUUACCUUCCCAACCCACCCCAGAUCGAACCCCUGGUCAUGAUGUGUGGGAUGCAUUGCUUGCCGUCUGUCCCUCGGACUUGCUUGACCGCUUGAUACGCAAUCACCUGGACUACACCGAAAGCAUGUGGCCGAUAUUACAUUGCCCAACCUUCCUCAACCACUACAUGGACGUCAAGAAGAAGGCCGUCCCUUGCACUCGCGAGUUUGGUGCUCUGCUCAUGGCCCUCUGCGCUAUCUCCUCCCGAUCCAUCGAUGACGAUCCUAGUGUCUUGGGGGACCCCAACGACAAGAAAACCGCUGGUGUCCGGUAUUUCAUAUGCGGCAAUCGAUUACUGCAGGAGAAGCGGUCGGAUUUGCACUGUAUCCAAGCUCUUUUCUAUCUCGCUAUGUACGCGGAAGGUCUCGGUCAAGCGUCGGUGCAUGCCAGCCUCGUGGGGCAGGCCAUCGCAUUAGCCUUUGCGUCAGGAAUGCACCAGGCGUCAGAACACUGGAACUUCGACUGCGUGGUCUCCGAGUGCAGAAAGCGCGUGUUUUGGGCGAUCUACUCCCUUGACAAGGCGGUAGCGUGCGCCAUUGGCCGCCCGCCCAUGCUUCGAAUCGCCGACUGCAACGUCCCGCUGCGCACCUGCAUCACGUUGGACUCCAUCAGCCCUCAGCCUCCGGAAAAGCCAAACGUUCUGCAGGCUGCUUGCAAUGCCACGACACAGAUCAAUGCCGUUGUCGAGCAUAUGCUGCUAGCGUGCAAUACGCCGCCCCAGAUAUAUCCCCGGAAGGACAAGAACACGCAGACGGAUAUCAUCUACUCAUUUCGACAUCACUACCCUGCCUUCGAUCGCAUUGCCAUCCUGUCACGCGCAGACAGUAUGCUCGAUAGGUGGCACGCCAACCUGCCGGACCAUCUGCGAGCCCCACGAAAUCUGGAUGAGGCACUGAAACUGAAAGGGGACGCGCGUUUUAUCCAAUCGUGUCGCCUUGAGAUCGCACACAAUCUGAUUCGAGCCUUGAUAGCACGGGAACGCAUUGCGCUCGAGCUGAAGGACAAGCCGCUGGCCCCUCCCGGCCCGCUCAGUCUAUCGGCCGCUCGGGCCGAACAAUCCUGCGAGAACAUCAUACGCCUCUACGACUUGCUCUCCGUCCGGGACUUGCUCAAAUCUUUCGGUAUGCAACAGAUCCAGCAUCUCGCCGCGUGCGGGCACACCUUCCUAGCAAUGAUGGUCAUCUAUUCCAACAUCUCUGCGGUGGGCGUUCGCCGCCUCCAGGACACCAUUCGCUUGCUUCGAGAACGGAGUCACUUCCCGUCGGCCAUGCGUGCCAUCGACAUUCUCAGUGACAUGGCCUCCAAAUUCGAUAUUCCGCUCUCCGAAGAGCCUCGCAAUGGCGGCAAGAUCUCAUGGUUGCGGAUGCUGCAUCGUCGAAACGCGCAAGGGGCUGCCCCCACCCGAGGCCCGUCGUCGAGCCGCGCCUCGUCCCGGGAGCAGGCUUUCGACGACCGGUCGGUGACGAGGGAGCUGGAAGCUGGCGAGGUGACGCUGCGCCCGCGACAUCCGUCCAUGAGCAAGCGGCACUCGCUGUCACAGCAGCAGCAAGUCAUGCCGCCGCCGCAACCGACGACCGUGCCCAUGUACCAAACGCAGCCCAUUGUGCUCGCACCGGCCCCCGCGGUCCCGGCGCCGCAACCCACCCAGAUGGAGAUCCCGCAGGCGCCGCCGACCUACGACGCCUACGGCUCGUACGACAGCGCGUCGAUCGACUUACAGGCGCCGUACCUGCUGCAGCCCGCGGCGGCGCCGGCGUACGAGGCGCCAUCGCUCGAGUCGCACUACGGACACGACGUGUUCGGCGGGCCGCUGAACCCGGGCGAGAUAGCCCACGCCGACUUUUACGGCGGCGCACGGCGGAUGGGGGUGGGGCCCGGGUCGGAGAUGCCGCAGGACUCAUUCACAUACCUGUUCCAACAUCACCAUCAGGGCAUGCAGAACUCGAUGGGGCGAUGA